CUCUCUUCCAUGUAUGGAAGGCAUUGCAUGAUCAUCGUCGACCGGAGGGGGUGGGGGACUAUUACAGACUGAAGUAGUGUGGGGGAUCUGACAAGCUCUUCUCAUCGCAGACUGGAGAUAAGGACACCACCCUCUCUAUCAUAAUAAACACAUGCUGUCGGCAUCCUUGAAAAUUAUUCGGCGAAUUGAAACACUUGGGAAACCAAACAAAGGAAAGCUCCAGCAGAAAUAUACCAUCUGAGAUAUGUUUCAAAGUAGCCCCGAUGGCGUCUGAUCAGAUUAGCUAGCUAGCUUUUAUCUUGGUGAAAAAGUCACUGUACAAGUCGCUGUUGACUUUGUUUCACUGUAUCUCUCGCGUCAGUCGCUGCCUGGACCGGGUUUAAAUUUUGUGUACUGGGAAUUCCGGCGAACCAUGGAUACUUACAGGAUAUCCGUCAGCUUGGUUUUACUCCUUUCAUCGCUGAACAGCUUUUCUUCAGAGCAGUUUCCGAAUCAAGUCAUAAUCAAGGAGUGGGUCUUGCAGAUGCAGCAGGACCUGGUAAACCUGGUGGAAACAGCGAGCGGGGUAACAAGCCUCCCUAAGAUCUUCUUAAAUAAUAGGAAGUACUUCAGCGUGGAACCAAACAAUGCAGCCCAGCUUGUGCACAGUGCAUCCAGCAACAUUGAGAAGCUCCUGUUGAAGAGAGCAAAGGCUCUGGAGACUCUGGCAACAGCAGCAGAGGACUUCCAGAUGGGGCACCAGUGGAAAAACGAGUUUGCGGAUGAUGAAAUUGUGUAUUACAACUCAAAAGACAAGCUCAAUGAAACAGAUGGCCGGAAGAACCGGAUCACUCCAGUUUUUAAGGAGGACCCAGCCUUUAGGCGCCAAAUAUCAUACAACCACACAGCCGUCCACAUCCCCACAGACAUCUACGAGGGCUCCACAAUCAUUUUGAACGAGCUGAACUGGACUGAAGCACUAGAAGAUGUCUUUAAGAAGAACCGGGAAGAGGACCCCACACUACUCUGGCAGGUGUUUGGCAGUGCCACCGGACUGGCACGCUACUACCCAGCUUCUCCUUGGAUGGAUUCAACAAAGAUGCCCAGCAAAAUUGAUUUGUACGACGUUCGCCGGCGACCGUGGUAUAUACAAGGUGCUGCUUCACCAAAGGACAUGCUGAUACUUGUGGAUGCGAGUGGCAGUGUCUCUGGCCUGACACUGAAACUGAUCCGCACCUCUGUUAAUGAGAUGUUGGAGACCUUGUCCGAUGAUGACUAUGUGAACGUAGUUUAUUUCAACAUGGAUGUGAACAAUACCGACUGCUUUGAUCAUCUAGUGCAGGCGAACGUCCGCAACAAGAAGAAACUCAAGGAUGCGGUUCAGAAGAUCUCAGCCAAGGGCAUCACAAACUACAAAAGGGGCUUUGAAUUUGCCUUCGAGCAGCUUUUGUUCUCCAAUGUGACCCGUGCCAACUGCAACAAGAUCAUCAUGCUGUUCACUGAUGGGGGGGAGGAGAGAGCACAGGAGAUCUUCGAAAAGUACAACUCGAGAAAGGAGGUGCGCAUAUUUACCUUCUCUGUUGGCCAGCACAACUAUGACAAAGGGCCGAUACAAUGGAUGGCUUGUAACAACAAAGGAUAUUAUUAUGAGAUUCCAUCUAUUGGAGCCAUUAGGAUCAACACACAGGAGUACUUGGAUGUUCUAGGAAGGCCAAUGGUCCUAGCAGACAAGAAGGCCAAGCAGGUCCAAUGGACAAAUGUCUACCUAGAUGCACUGGAACUGGGCCUUGUUAUUACAGGGACGCUGCCAGUUUUCAACAAGACGCUCUCUAAAGAUGAAAAAGACGGAACUCUAAAAAAGAAUCAAUUGACCCUGGGAGUGAUGGGCGUCGAUGUAUCCCUGGAUGACAUUAAAAGGCUAACUCCACGUUUCACUAUCGGCCCCAAUGGAUAUUAUUUUGCAAUCAACCCCAACGGCUAUGUGCUGCUUCAUCCCAACCUGCAACCAAAGAAUCCUAAAUUCCAGGAGCCUGUUACCCUGGAUUUCCUGGAUGCGGAGCUGGAGAACGAAAUCAAAGUGGAGAUCAGAAGAAAUAUGAUUGAUGGAAAGACAGGAAAUAGAACAAUAAACACUCUAGUCAAAUCUCAGGAUGAGAGGUACAUCGACAGAGGCGUCCGGACCUACACUUGGGCUCCUGUCAAUGGCACAGACUACAGCUUGGCGCUGGUAUUGCCUGAGUACAGUUUGCACUAUAUUCAAGCAAGAAUAGGAGAUACGAUAACACAGGCAAAAUCAACAUUAGGGGAAAAUGUUUCUGAGACCAUGCAGCUGGAGAACUUUGACGAGUAUGGAUAUACAUUCAUUGCACCAAGGGAGUACUGCGUAGACCUGAAGGUAUCGGAAAACAACACUGAGUUCCUGAUGGACUUCAACGAGUACAUUGACAGGAAAACUCCCAACAACCCCACGUGUAAUGUUUCUCUUGUCAACAGACUGUUGCUGGAUGCCGGACUGACCACAGACCUGGUCAAGCUCUGGAAGGAGCAGAAUCUAAGUGGAAUUCAAGCCAGGUUCGUCGCCACCGACGGGGGGAUUACACGUGUUUACCCGCAAAGUGCUGGGGUGGAAUGGACAGAGAACCCAGAGACAUAUGAAUCAAGCUUCUACAAGAGGAGUCUGGACAAUGACAUCUACAUCUUCACUGCGCCACCUUUCAACAAAAGCGGGGAGGCUGACAUUGAUUCUGGCAUCUUGGUCAGCAAGGCUGUCGAGCUGAACAUCGAUGGGGUGAAGCUGAAGCCAGCUGUGGUCGGUGUGAAGCUUAACAUCACCGCCUGGAUGCUAAGUUUCAUGAACGCCACAAUGAAGACAAACUGCAAGGAUGAGAUCUGUGGCUGUGUGAGGAAUAGUCAGAAUGUUGACUGUGUUAUCCUCGACGAUGGUGGGUUUCUAUUGAUGUCGAAUAAAGAUGCCUAUAUCACUCAGAUUGGGCAGUUCUUCGGCGAGAUCGACCCCAACCUGAUGAAGAGCCUGGUGAACGCGUCGGUCUACUCGUACAACAAGACGUACGACUACCAGUCGGUGUGCGACCCGCAGCGGGAGAUCAAAGCGGCGGCCGGGCUUCGCUCCGUCUAUGUCCCUACAAUAGCAGAAAUACUGAAUAUUGGAUGGUGGGCUUCAGCUGCAAUGUGGUCGAUAUUGCAGCAGCUAUUUCUUAGUUUAACAUUUCCUCAGGUCCUCGAAGCAGCGGACAUGGAGGAUGACCUUACAGAUGCUCUCUCCAAGGAGAGCUGCAUCACGGAACAGACCCAGUACUUCUUUGAAAGUAAUGAGAAGUCCAUUAAAGGAAUACUGGACUGUGUAAACUGCUCCAGAAUGUACCACGGAGAAAAAAUCAUGAAUACAAACCUGCUGUUCCUCAUUGUCGAUGCCAAGGACACCUGUACGCCAUGUGACAGCAAAAAAUUGGUCCAAGCAGAGCAACCAUCCUCUGGUCCAGACCCCUGCGAAUUAGCACAGAAUCCAAGGUACAGGAAAGGACCGGACGUCUGUUUUGACAACGAUGAACGUGAGGAUGAUAGUGACUGUGGUGGGGGGUCCAGUUUGAGCCCGUCUCUCUGGUCCACGAUGGCCGUCCAGCUGGUUCUCCUCUGGGUCCUGGCCGGGCCGAGACACUACCCGUCAUGACCUAAGAGCCCAUGGAUUGUCCACCGCUGUCCUCCCAUACAUUUCAGGAUCCUGCCAGAUUUUCUUUCUGAGAUUCUACAUUGACCGGAGGGGGAUGGAGGCUGCGUAACCACCCAGGAAGUGAGACUAUGGUAUGUGGAUAGUAUGUAUUCCCAAGUCUUGCUCUGUGGGCCAAGGGGACGUCUGUUAAGGAUAAACAUGGAGCGAUCUCAAGCCUACACGUGUCCUGCAGAGGCAACGGAGAGGACUGCCUUAUCCCAGAAAGGGAGAAUGGAGAUUAAACUACUUCAUUUUUGUUGUAGGUUUUUUGGUGUGCUGCAGUAUGUAAAGAAAUAAAACCACAAAAGUAAUCAAAUUGAAUUACACUGCCAGAUAUUUCAAACAGAAAUUCUGCCUCUAGCCAUUGUAUCGUGGUGUUUGUAUUUAUUUGUUAGUUCUUGUUUUUACUUGAUUGUUUAUGUUGAAAGGUUUGGGAUGGCUAGUGACUGAUUUCUGUGCAGAAGUGACUCAGAAUUCUCCUGCAAGCAAAGCAGAAAAAUACAAGUAAAAAAAAAACAAUACAAGUUUUUUUUUUUAACUUUUCGAAAUGAGGCCUCAUUCUCUUCCACCUCAUGCCAGGGUGCUGAUGGUUUGCUCCCAGGCAUAUCACAACAUCUCUUUACAAUCCAUUUAUAAGGAAGCAAUUAGAUAUCCCAUUUGAAAUACAUUUUUAAUUGAACCGUUAAGAUGCACAUCUUUUAUGGGGGUCAUCACUGCCACCAUCUUUGUGUUUCCUGAGGUAGUUAAAUAUGCAGUUUUUGUUUGCAGACUGUUUAUCUCCUUAUUUUAUAGAUUUUUUAACCCUGAAAAUACAGGGAAUUGCUGCCAGUCUCUACUUCACUCUGCACGUGAACAAGGCCUUGUGGUCUUGUGAUACCAUGCCAAAGGGCACGCUUUCACCUCAAAAUCGCUGUGCAUUGUGCUAGCUUCAUUGGCUUUCUUUAUUGUGCGAUGGAAUAUUGACAGCUAGCCAAAUCUUUUCAUUUGUAUUUAUUUAUUUAUUUGAAUUCUUAAAGCCAUUGGAAAAAAAAAUGUUUUCAGUGCAAUCUUUUAGAUUUUCAUCUAUAUAUUUUUACUUUGGAGCCCGUUUUCUUGGCCUUUUUUGCAUGUUUUUGCUGUUUAAUUUAGGUUUCUUUCUAUGGUUUUGAUAUUAAGUGUUUAUGCAAAAAAAGAGGUUACUUAGUCAAAGAGACAGGGAAUUUUGAUAUGUGUGCAAACUACUGUAAUACUUGUUUAAACAAAAUGGCACAAAUACCUGUGAAUGUUUGAAAUCAUGGAACUUUAGGGAAAAUGGUUUCAUGUCAGAAUUAUUCAAUAUGGCACAAACUCAGAAUUUUUCAGAACCUUUCCACACAAUAUAACUGGGUUUAGUUAACUCAAGUUUGGUAUAAAAACAUGAAGAUAUUUCUCAGGCGGGUUACUUUUUCACUCGUCUGCUUUCCUAUUCUCAUUUUAGAUUCCUGUUCAGAUUUCCGUCCGAUCGGUCAGAUAAGCAUGCUUUCUUAAAGCAUCUUAGUGGAUGAGGCAGGCUGUCUCAAGGUAUGCUAUGGAAUAAAGCUGGGGGGUGGAAAAAGGACUUCUCUGUGGUGUGCAAACUGUGUAAUCCUGGCAGUAAUAAAUAGUGGGAAGUGCUGCAGGGACAAUGUAUUUGUGAAUAUGAAUAAACCCAAUAUUGCAAAGAAAGUAUAGACUACAAUCAACUGUAAGUCUGAUUAUGAUAUGCAGUUUAAAUAACUACGCAAUUUAUUUUUGUAAAAAUAAGCAAGAUUUACCACAUGAUUAGAGGACUUCACUGAAUGAAAGAAAUUGCAAUAUUGUAUUUAUAUAUUUGAGCAGGGAAGUAUUCUUGAUCUAGCGAUAUUUGGAACUUUGGUUUAAAAAAAUGUUUUUAAAAAAAAAGUUUUCAGCUGCAAAUGUUUUUAUUAUUAUUAUUAUUAUUAUUAUUAUUAUUAUUAUUAUUAUUAUUCAGAUUGUCCAUUGCUUUAACAUUAGACAACAUGGGGUGGUUUGUAAUUUACUUUCUAAUGAUCCUCCUGCAUUGAAGUUAUGUACCUGGAUGUGAAAAUCACUUUUGCUGCACUGUACACAAGAGAAGGCUGGAGCCUGAUUGUUUAUUCCUGCAGUCACACUGAGGUAUUUGUGUAAAUAUGUGACUUACACCUGGAUUCAGUGGUUGCAUAACUGCUCAUUCCAGAAAAUAUGAAGUCAGUCAUUAUAUUCUCUCCAUAUAAUGAUUCAAGACAUAAAGACAAUAAUGUGGUUGUGUAAGCAAUGGAUUAUGGGUUGAGUUUGUAACAGACAAUAAAAAUUAUAUUUGCCCGAAAUCGGGCAUAUCAGAAGAUUUGUAUCUUACAUCCUUAGGAUAUGGACACAGGAACCUUUAACACUUGCCCAAGACAUGCUAUUUAGAUCUCCUCAAAAUCGCAUAAUUAUGUGAAGUGGUUUUGGCCAUUAGAAUGCUCAUAAAUUUUUAUUCCCCUUCAUUGGAGUUGCAUUACGGUAGGUACACAUAUGAUCCAUCAUCACAUAGAGUUACUCUAUGUGAUUUUGCAUUAUUAGAAUAAUAGACAGUGGUGGAAUAUAGUGGCCCUAUUUGUACACUAUUUGGUCAUUAUUUACCAAAAAAUAAAUAAGGGCUACAAUCGUACAGAUACAGUGCUUGCUUCUGCUUGGGAAAUUUAAACCACCAAAGUUAAAUCUCCAUUUCAAAGAUAUGGAUAUGAUAUAUACAGUUGGUAAACGUUUUCGUAAACAGUUGGUAAAGUUUUUGUCUUCACUGCACUUGUUGGAAAAAUUCAUGUAACCGAGACCAAUUGCAUUUCAUAUUCAAAAAGUGACAUUAAGUGCCAUAGGCCUUUUUCAUCUGUUAUCUUCAAAAAUGUGUUUGGAGGGGUGAAUCCAACACAGUGUAAAAGGCCAGUUUUGUUGACGUUGUUCCCUAAAUGCAUGAUAUGACAUCAGUGACAGACAAUAAUCCUUCUUAGGUAUUCAAUUUACAUAAGUAUAAUACAGUGAAUAUUAUAUGAAGCCUUUGUUCUUAAUAUGGAUCAGCGCUACUGCCGUUUUCCUGAAAGAGACAGCAUUUGUUUUUUAACACAUUACAAUGACCAUCUUGAGAGGUGACCAUCACCAGAGGUAAAUAAAUGGAACCUUGGCUUUUAAAUGUCAAACCAUAGAAAAUCUUGAAAAGGAAGCCCAAGAUAAACCCAGUUAGUUUCACUAGCAGUUUACUUGAAUAAAAUUUUGUUUGAAAGAGUCAAAUGCACAGUAAACAAGUAAGGGGGGGCUGAUAUUGUGCCGUUAUCAACGAUGACUUCCACACAUUUUGUUUUUCGAGUUUUGCCGUCGUUCUCAGUGCUAAAAUCAGAUGCUGUCGCUUCAGGAUCCAAUACUGCGAUGUGAUUGGACGUGUGUUUAAUGCUGUCAGUGCUCUUUGUGCAGGUCGUCUGGGUCGUGCUUUUUUCUGGACUGUUCUAUGGAGACUGCUUGAUGUGUGUUUAUAUGGAGGGGCUCGGUGCCUGCUGCCCCUGUGCCAGCAACCAGCGGGUCACUCUGUCAAUAUCCCUUGAUUGUGCUUUAAAUACAUUACACUUUUGUGGAGCUUGACUAGCCUGACUCAAUUUUGUAUAAAUUUGUACCAUAAUGUUAUUAAACAAAAAAAACAAAGAAUAAUGUUUAUAAUCCUAGAAAUGUUGUAAUUCUUGUGCAAAUACAGUAUAUUCAGAAUAAAAGCCUAUCAUUAUUA